GUGACACCUAUCGACUGAAUAUUAUUACGCGUAGAACUUAUUUACUGGGCCAUAGAAACCAUUAAAUAGGUUUGUGACUGAUCCAUGGAAGCUCUGGAUGUUCUCCAAACGUGUAAAUUAGUUAAUUUUACUUCAUUGGUAUUUCAGAUUAAUCAAUGGACGAUGAAAAUACACGAAACAUGUCGAAUUUGUAUCUAAGAUUUUUUCUUUAGCGCAUUGAUCUUAGCGUGGUUUCUGAUGUUGUUAGGCUCGAAAAUGACAGAAAAUGGACGCAAAAUAUGAAAAUAUGAGCUUACAAUUUCGGUGAUGUCUAAUCCUCCUAGCGAAUCUGAACGAACUCUAACAUGUUCUACAUGUGCAUUAGUAGUGACGGUACCAGCAGGCACAAGGAGAACAAUAUGUCCAAAGUGUGGAAGUUUUUACAACCCUGAACAGGCGGCCGCUCAGGCGCGCUAUGGAAGAAGAGCUGAUGAGAAAUUGAAGGAUGGAAAACUGCCACAGUUGAAGGAUGCUGAUGAUAAAUCGGAGAAGACAGAUUUUGGACAGCGUAUCGUCAACUUUUUCUCAAGAAAGUCAAAAACAGGUUUAUCAGACACAAGCAGUGGGUCGUCACUAAAGGACCAAUCAUUGCCUGUAAUAGCUCAGGAAUCCAAAGGAAGGCUUACCGUUGACUCACCAAAUAGUCAGUUGUCAAGUCGGACUGGAAGUCGCAAUGGACAUACACCAGCUCCUUCUAGUGCUAGCGGUUCUCAGAAAGUUGUAUAUCCAAUAAGAACAAAGACUGCUGACCAAUUGCAAAAUGAUGUUAUUCAAGCAAAGGAGACUAAAGACUGGAAGGAACUUCAAGAUUUCUAUGCCACAACAUUUGACUCAUUUCUUGAACUAAAUGCAGUAUUUAAAAGAGAUCCCAACAAAGAAUAUAAAUCCACUGAUGACCCUGGUGUAAAGCUAGAGUUUGUUAACACUGUUUAUGAUCUAAUGGUCGAUCUGCCACAAGACAUUCAAAAAUCUGUGUUAAAAGCCAUGAUCAACAGUUUGCUCAAAGACAAGAGGCCUCAUACCAAAGAUGAUCUCCGAGCAUAUUUUAUACUAGUCCAGAAUCCACAGUUCACCAACAUGGCCACAUAUGUAAUAUUUGCCCACUUGCUGCGCCAAAUAGCAGCAUUGAGUGACCAAGACCAUCACUAUCUAGUCAACUGGUUUAGAAGACUUCAUCCAGCAAGAUUCAAGGGGCUUGUACAAAGACUCCAUAACUUUAUAUCCUGUCGCUUAUUUCCACCUAAACCUCAAGAUCUCCCACCAAUGGCUAAAUGUAGUUGGUGGAUCCCCAGUGCAACCAAAGUUCUAGCCUUGCUCAAUGCUUGUAAUAACCACUCCAAUCCAACACACAUUCCCUACACAGAGUUUUAUAAUAGCACCCUGGACCACCUAGAUCUGAUGGCAGAAUACUACACUUGGCAGAACCCCAGUUCUCACCCAGGGUUUACAUUCUGCCAGUACCCAUUCAUAUUAAGUAUAGCAGCCAAAAGAAGUAUUCUGCAGAGGGAUUCUGAGCAACAGAUGAUAAUCAUGGCACGGAGAAGUUUGGUUGCCAAAGUGCAGAGGCGUCAGCUACCAGAUAUUGGAAUGUUGUUCCUGAACCUUACUGUCCGGAGGUCAAAUCUAGUCUCAGACUCUCUAAAUGAGAUCGCAAAAAAGCAACAUGAUCUGAAGAAAAAGUUAAAGGUGACAUUUACAGGAGAGCCAGGGUUGGACAUGGGAGGGCUGACAAAGGAAUGGUUCUUAUUGCUGAUAAGACAAAUUUUCCAACCUGAAUAUGGUAUGUUUAUAUAUGACAAUAAAGCCAAAGUUCACUGGUUCAGCUCAGCAGUUUGUGAAAAUUACCAGGAAUUUAAUCUAGUCGGAGUUCUUAUGGGUCUAGCUGUUUACAACAGUAUAAUACUGGACAUUCGGUUCCCCCCUGUAUGUUACAAGAAGCUACUUAGUCCUGCAGUGGUCCCAUACAAUGACCCCACAGCCAAAGUAGGAGUGGCACCAGCCACCCUUGAUGACCUAAGAGAUAUUAAUCCAGAUCUGGCCCAUGGUCUACAGGAAUUACUUGACUAUGAGGGAGAUGUGGAGAAUGACCUCUGUUUGACCUUUCAGGUUUCUACAUCAGAGUUUGGUUCUCAGAGAACUCACUGUUUGAAGCCAGGAGGGGAAAACUAUCCGGUCACUAACAAGAAUAAAAAAGAGUAUGUGCAAUUAUAUGUUGAUUGGAUCUUGAACAAGGUGAUGUACAGUCAGUUUCAGGCAUUCUACCAUGGCUUCCACAGUGUAUGUGCAUCAAAUGCACUCAUUAUGCUGAGGCCUGAAGAAGUAGAAAUGCUGGUGUGUGGAAGCCCAAACCUUGAUAUGUCACAGCUGAAGAAAGUUACAGUCCAUGACUGUUACAGUGCUAAAGACCCAACCAUUAAGAACUUCUGGGAAGUUGUCAUGGGUAUGUCAAAAGAUUUACAAAAAAGAUUACUGCUGUUCACAACAGGGAGUGACAGGAUUCCUAUAGGUGGCAUGAGCGAGAUGCAGUUCAAAAUAACACGUGUAGAGAAUACUGACAUGCUGCCUAUGGCCCACACAUGCUUUAAUCAACUAGUUCUACCAGCUUACAAGAGCAGGAAGACAUUGAAACAGAAACUUAUCAUUGCCAUCCAGAAUGCAGAGGGUUUUGGGAUAGAGUAGGUUUCACUGACCAGGAUGCUGGGAUUGUUUAGCUUCCAUUGGUGUGACAGAAUAUGAUUAAGAGACCUUUAUGAUAAAACGUGCCAUGUUUUGCUACACCAAAGAAGCCAGUGUACAUUGACUUAAGUGAGAAUGUCAAAGGUUGGAGAUGGCAAUGUAUACCUAAGUGAUUCAAAUUAGCAAUAAGUUCAUCAUAUUUUUGCAGUAAAACUAUCAAUGGCAUAACAUAUCAAAUUGGCAUAAUUUACUGGAUCAGUCUAUUAUUGCAUUUUGAAACUUUGCUGACGUCUUGUUAAAUGCUCUUCUUGAAAAUAUGCAUUAAUGUGGAUAUUUCAGAAUAGCAUGAGAACAUAAAGCUAAACAUUCAUUCGGGUUUGAACCUUGAUAAAUUUUUAGUCUGUGUGUGACAAAGAUGUCUAAUUCAAGUGAUAAUUUUGAGGUAUACAUUUUUGUAUAUAUUGAAUAUAACUCCGUCCAAUAGCAGAAUAUAGAGAUAUACAUUUUGAUAUACUUUUUAAACUAUACAUUGUAUACAAAGUAAUUAACGGGAAAUCAAAAUUAAAUACAUAUACUUGUAUGUAUAUGGAAGUAACAUGAUGAGGAAAAUAUCUCUGUAUAGAAUGUUCUGUGGAAAUACAAGUGAAACAUGAUUGUGAUAGAACUUCACAUACAGUACUUGUAGUAUUACUGUGAAGACAGUCAUCCACAUACCCACCAUGUAUGUUAUAAUUGACAGAUAGAAACCCAAGAAGACAUCACUGCAUGUAACUUGAGAAAAGCUGUAAAUAUCUAUUCAUCAAAACAGUGCAAUAUUAAAGGAACAAGGUCAAUAUAUGUUCACUUUUGGGUAGGAAAAAGUAAAAAAAAAACAUUUUAGGCAGAGAGAGAGGUUCAGUCAGCUGUAGUUUAUUUUCAAAGUAACAUUGAAAUAUUGACCUGGUCACAAUUUUGAACUUCUGGAAAAUUUUAUUUCUCAAAAUAUCUGAAAUUAUAUUAUGGAAAAUUUAGUUAUGUUUCUUAACACAUUUUCAAGGAAAUUUCAAAGAAAUGAGAAUUGACCUGACUGCUGUAAAAUUUUGAAAUCUAAUGACCAGAAACUGAAGAUUAUUACCAUAAUUAUGUAGUUAUUUACAUCAUUAUCUGAAAUGAUAUAAAUAAAGCUCUUCAUUUUAUUGAUAAAUAUAUGUAUAUUCCAUUUUAUCUUACAUUACAUGAAAAGUUGAAAACUAUAAAUCAUUCAGAGUAAAGUCAGGUAGAUUGUCUUUCAUACAAGUAGUGAUAUUGUUACAGAAGGGUUACAUUCUUGUCAUGUAAUUGAACACAAAAACAUAAAUGUUACAUGAAUCUAAUUUUAAUCUGAAAUACUUUACUAUGGAUAAGAAUUUUUUUUAGAUUUUAUUUAUACUCAAAAUGUUUCCCUGUAUGAUUUUUUGUUUAUUAUUUAUUUUGUUGAAAUUGGAAGUGAAAUAUAUUUAUGUAUGAAUAUACAAACAAA